UAGUGUUUAGUAUUUGGACGGUAAUUUAAAUUCUAAUGGACAAAAAUGAGGUUUUUGACACUCUACAAGCUGCAAAGGUGUACUUGCACCGACUCAAAAGUCUGGACAACGAGCUGGAAAGCGCGGAGAAACAAAUAGACAAUACUUUCGACGAAACGGAGAAAAUUAUAAAUGACACUUUUCAUAACCUAAAAGAAACAAUAACAAAAAUUCUUGUUAAAAGGCAGGAACACUUGUUGGAGCAAGCAAGAAAGGUUAAGAAGGGGGGUAGACAUCCUCUGGAAGAUUGUAGGAGUGUUGUACAGGAAAAAAUUGACUGCACGGAAAAGUUGCUGAAAAUGGGAGAUCUUCUUUUGAGUGGUAAGGUGGAUGGUGUUAAUGAGUUCAUGAAAAACUCUAGUUUACUGGGCGCUUUACCUGAAGUGCCUGAGCUAACAGAAGUGCCAUUUAUUUCCUUUCAAUAUGAAAUAUGUAAUGAAAAUGAGUUGACAAAAAUUUGCUCACAAAUCGGGGAAAUAUCAAGGAUAGCUCCUAUACAAAUAAGUAAUUUGGGGGAAAGGCCAGGGGCAAUACUGGUCGAAUGGCAAGUGGUGGAAAAUGAGGAAAGGUGUACAGAUAUACAGGCUUUUAGGCUGCAGAGGGCUUUUGGGGAUGUUGUAAAGGAAAAGCAUUUAAUUGCUAAUUUUGUUGAAUGCUAUAAAGGACUAGACACCCAAUUUCUAGUAAGAGAACUGCAAGCAAACCAACUGUACUCUUUCAGAGUAUGUUGUAUGUUUGAAGGCUCCAAUGACUGGAGCCCCUGGUCUCUACCUCAAGUGUCAAAAACAAAUCUCAAAUCUUUCUCGUGGAAACCGAGCGCAGACUACACUCUAUCCAACGAAAACAAAAUCGCUCAAACCACGUCAAACGCACCCGAAGUCCUGAUCUCAGAGGGCCCGCAGUUUUUGGUGGGGCACUCUGUGGAAUUUACACUAUUGGAAGUCGAUUCUUCCGAAGCACUCAUAGGACUGCUUACCAACGAAGCACAGACGAAUGUGAACGAUUUCAAGCAAAUAACAGACGGCACAUUUUUUAUUGACAGAUCCGGUAGAAUAUACGUGGAUCGCGUCGAAAAAUCCACGAUGUUGCCAGAGUUCACCAAAGGGUUAAACGUUAGUUUCACGUGCGAACUGGUAAACAACAACAAAGUAAGAGUAAAUAUCGACUCCAGUGAUAAAAGAGUGACUUACGAAUGGCAGAUAAGUCCAGACAGCAAAAUUUACUUUGCAGCUCAAUUUUAUUCGGAUAAAUGGAAAAUAAUGGUCGAAUAAUAUUUUAUUUCUUUAUUUUUUUAAUAAUAAACAAAUCAGUAUUUAAAAUGUGUCAUUUAAUGUUGUUAAAAAAACUUUCUCUAUACACCACUUUUGAUAU